UACGGAAAUGACGUAAUGUUAUUAUUCCAGGAAGGGGGCACGGGGAAAGCACUGAACUGCGUCAACAAUUGUUUCUGUGAUACGUUGGGAUUUCAGCUGCUGCCCAACAUGACAACUAGCCGCUGCUGAGUGGGUUUUAUGGCACUGCUCCUGGAUAGGACAUUGUUAAGCAACAACAUGGACACGUCAAAUUUUGCCCACGUCAUCUUCCAGAAUGUGGGGAAGAGCUACCUGCCCCAUGCUGCGUUGGAGUGUCACUAUACCCUGACACAGUUCAUCAAACCGCAUCCAAAGGACUGGGUUGGCAUUUUCAAGGUUGGUUGGAGCACAGCGAGGGACUAUUACACAUUCUUGUGGUCGCCUCUCCCUGAGAACUAUGUGGAAGGCACUGCAGUGAACAGAACAGUGGUCUUUCAGGGGUACUAUGUUCCCAAUGAUGAUGGCGAGUUCUACCAGUUUUGUUAUGUGACCCACAAAGGGGAGAUCCGAGGGGCCAGCACACCAUUUCAGUUCCGUGCCAGCAGCCCCACAGAGGAUGAGCUGCUGACUGUGGAAGAUGAAUGCAACUCUGACAUCCUGGUGGUCACCACGAAAGCUGGCAUUCUCGAGCAAAAGGUGGAAGAAGUGCAACGGGAGAAAGAUGAGUUGCUUAAAAACAUGGCCCUCCUGCAGCAGGAAAAGGAGGAACUGGAGGCUGAGAAAGAGAGCCUGCAGAAGGCGUGUGAGCAAGAGAAGGAGAACUGUGCUCAGCUGAGAAGAGAGAACCAAGAAGUGCAGCAUUCUUCCCAGGCCCUGCUGGAAGAGAAAGAGGAGGUAAAGAGGAGACUGGAUGAGGCCACAGCCAGAAUCAUACAGUUGGAGGAAGAUCUGAUUGGAGUGACACAGAAAGGCAUUCAAAAGGAAACAGAGCUAGACAGUCUUAAGGACAGACUUAAGAAACUUACAGCAGAGAAGGAGGUUCUUGAAUCUCAUCUUAAGAAUGAAAAAGAUGAGAAGGAACUCUACAAGAUUCACCUGAAAAACCGGGAGCUGGAGAACACUAAGUUGAGUGCGGAGCUGCAGAUGUUGAAGUCUGUGGACGUAAACAAGGAAAACGCCAUUGCCCAGUUUAAAGAGGAGGUGGGGCGCCUCCAGGCUUGCCUCACUGAGAAGGACAAACAGUACAAAGAGAUCCUGGCCAAAGUUUCCACCUUGGGAGAUGUGAAAGCCCUGAAGGAGCAGCUGCGGCAGAAGGAAGAACAGCUCCAGGCUAACCAGCAGCAGUCCUCUUUGCUGGCUGCCGAGCUGAGAGACGCCUCCAGUGCACGCGAUCGUACAAUGUCUGAACUGUACCGCAUUAAACUUGAGGCUGACAACCUCCGCCAAGCCAAGGCUGAAACUCAGGCCCAGUGCGUCCGCCUGGAAUGCCUGGUGGAGCAGAUGAAGGCAGAGGCCACGCAGGAAGCAGCCAAAGCAGAGGACGAAGCUGCUGCAGACCCAGCUGUUGUAGCAGAGCUGCAGAGAGAGGUGGAGGAUCUAAAGUUGCGGCUGCACAUGGCUGCAGAACACUACAAGGAAAAAUAUAAGGAAUGUCAGCGACUGCAAAAACAAGUGCUGAAACUCUCUGAACAGCAAGGGGUAGGUCCCCACGGAUACCAGCCAACAUACUGUAUUCAUGAGGAGAAGGAGCGUAGCUGCAUGUUUGCUGAUGAGCUGGCCAAGAUGGAAGUGAAAUUUAAAGAGCAACUGAAGACCAACGAGAACCUGAAGCUGCAGCUGGCAGCAGAGGAAGAUCGUUAUAAGAGCCAGGUAGCUGAGAAGGGACGGGAGCUAAAGGAGCUUAAGGACACACUUGUGGUUGUUAUGAAGGAGAAGGAAAAACUGGAGGGGGAGCUCCAGAAGGGCAGCAGCAGGAAGGGAGAUCAGGGGACCAGUGAGAAAACCAGUCUGGAGAACCUCCAGUCCAGUGUGCCUUUAUUCCUGCAGUACCCUGUCCCGUAUGCACAGGAUACCCCUACCCCUCUGUUGGUUUCUCAGAGCCCCAGCAAGCUGCAUUUUGGGAACCCUUACUCCAUCUCGGACUCAAAAGAUGAUGCGGAUGAGUUCUCAGAUGACCAGCCACUUAGGCUGCCCCCUGUAGGCCCGCCAUCCUGGGACAGCAAUGUGGUGUGUAUCCAGCCUACCCGCAACCACAGCCGGCCAGAAGGCCAUGAGGAGUCAGAGGAAAAGCAAAACAAUAAUGGUAAUACCAGCGAACAGCCCACAGUAACUGAAACUCACAGCACAUUUGUGAAUGAUGGACAAAAUGCCUUCUGCUUUGAUCCCAGCAUGGACAUGAAACGAUGUCCCCUCUGUGAGGUCAUCUUCCCACCCAACUAUGACCAGAGUAAGUUUGAGGAGCACGUGGAGAGCCACUGGAAAAUCUGCCCCAUGUGCAGCGAGCAGUUCCCGCUGGACUGCGACCAGAAAGUGUUUGAGAAUCACGUGCUUACUCACUUCGACAGCCACCCGCUAAACUUCGACUAGAUAAACAGAAAAUCAGCACAUCCAGUCUGCUUACUUCCUGUCAACCACUCACAACACUUUUCUUUUUUUUUUUUGCAUGUAAUGGUGUGAAGAUCCUCUCUUUAGGACUAUACUGAAUUUUGCUUCUUUUUUUUUUUUUUUACACUUCACCUUAGAGAAAUACUUGGAGCUGAUUUAACAUUUAAAAAUGAAAAUGAUUCAGUGACAUGGCAGGGCUACCAAAUUUGUUUUCACACCAUUUUCUUUCUUUUAAGGUGGAAGGUUUCAUUUAAUUUGGAUUUUAAGGAUACUUUUGGGGGAUAAGACUGUUGUACGCAUAUAUAUGGACUUUAAACGGACAGAUCUGUUAGUCCACACGAUGUAAUGAAUCAGGGAAAGAGAUAAGUGUUUACCAAACUUACAUUUCAAACAUGCAGUCAAAUCUGCCCCCUUACACUGUACACGUCAUUUAGUCAGUCUUUACAGACAGCAACCUUGGUGCACUAUAUGCAGUCAGGGAGAACUCUUCAGUGAUUAUAUCCAUACAUGAUUAUACAGUAUAUGCUCAGAUCAUCUAUUUUAGAAUAAUUAAAGCCAACAAUAUUGUGACAGCCUUGAUAAUUUAUGUACGACUUUUAGGUUUCCUUUUCUUUGGGUUUGAAUUAUUUAAUUGUGUCUGAAUCUUUAAGAACUUUCAUAUCAUCAGCUAAUCGCUGCAUGCCGAGCUUCUGUUGACCUUCCUCUUGUUCUUUUCUUUUACAGUAAUAACUUAUUUCAUUCAUAGAAAUGUUUCAUUAGUUUAGUGAGUUCCAUGUAUCUAAAAUGAAUUAAUAAAAUCUGUCUAAAACUGAA